AUGGCUGUGGGAGAUGCAAGAGUAAACGAGUCAAAUGCGAUGAGCUUCAACCAGAGUGUUCCCGGUGCAUACAGUCCUGCCGCAUCAACCUCCGAUGCAGAGGUCAAGUCGACUGCGCCGGACCAGCCGCCUGCUUUGCCGCAAGAUGAAUCGACCAUCGAGCCUCACGACUCGGCUUUAGGGGGCUUCGACUUGGAAGAGUCAAAUUCCCUCUGUGGUAAUCUCUGGGAUCUCCCGGGGGGUGGCUUACCCGAAUUGACGGAUUUAUCCUCAAUGACGGCAACGUCGCCGUCCUUUUCGCAAUCAAGAGAUUUUGCUCAAGGUUUCGGCCAGUCUGGAGAUGUUGGGGCUGAUCUUUCGCAUUUUAUGUCACUCAUUGGGCCAACACCCGCGCCCGAGGAGCACGUCGAAACUGUGUGGCGAGACUUCUCGCCUUCGGCCAUUGUCCGCAGCUAUCCACCUAUGUCUCAACGGUCUGCGCCUCGUAACUUAACGACAAUAUCUCGUCCGUUGAACAACCCCUCAUGGACUCUUAUCGAAUACUAUUUCAAGGAGGUAGCAGCAUUGUUCUCGAGUUACGACAGUCAAAUGAACCCCUUCCGAACAACGGUAUCUCGUCUCUGGGGGUCUUCUCUCGCAAUGUGUCGAACAAUGCAAAGCAUGGCAGCCGCAAAGCUUGUCAACGAUUUCCCUCAGUUCGGGCCAAUGGGCCGGCAAUUGCGCAGCGAGGCCGUUGAGAUUAUCAGUCGCGAAGCAGUAAUGGACGACAAGUCUUUACUAGCGCUCCUGAUGCUCGGACAGACAGCCAGCUGGCAUGACCCAACUGAUCUAGGUAUAUCAUUCUUCAACAUGCUUCGCAAGCAGCUCAACACUAUAUCCUCAUCUUCACACAACCAAACCUUCAGCUUCAACAAGAACGACAGUAAUAACUACCGGUUCUUCGAAGAAGCUCUCAUCUACUGGGAAAUGCUUCUAUCAUUCGUCGCAGAUAACGACACAAUGGUCCUACCACAUAAUCCCCACUCCACUCCAUCAACGGGCGAGUCUCUCGUUCUCCAACGAGUCCCACACCCCUGGACUGGCAUCGCGCGUGAAACUCAGUUCACCGUACACGAAGUCGGACAACUCGUCCGCCGAGAGCGAAAACGCAUUCGAUCAAGAAGAUAUACCUCUCUAGAUGACAUCACCAGAGCACAAUUAGCACUUGAGAAAGCCCGCGAACUAGAAGAACGUCUCUUAGCCCUGGCCCACCCGUCCGAAGCCGAAAUCGUCAGUCCCGGCGACGACGAUACCCCGGUCUGGCACCUUCUCACAAUGGCCGAGGUCUAUAGAUGUACCGGCCUGAUGCAACUAUAUCGCGUCUUCCCAGACUUGCUGUACAACCGUCUUCCGCAGACAUCAUCAUCUCCUACAUUCCAUUGCCCAGGAAGUACAGCUUCAACAUCCAGAGAUCCAUUCUUCCCCAUCGACCUGGAUAGCAUGAAUCUCUCAGCCUUUGCAAAUCAAAGUCCAGAGAUAGCAGCACAAGGUCCCAAUCCUCCAGACAUCACUCCCUCGCCAUCCUCCAUUCCUCCCCAUCAACCAACACCAACACCAACACCAGCACAUACAACCACAACCACAAAUCCAAAUCCAAAUACCGAACAACCGGACCGCGAAACCCUCUAUAACACCUGGCUAACCGAAUUCGCCGUAACAACCCUCUCACGCCUAAAAACCAUUCCCCUAGAAUCGGGAACGCGCUGCUUACAGCCCUUCCUGUUAGUCGCAUCAUGUUCAGAAUUGCGACUUUCACAUCUAUUCCCACAAGCAGACGACCAAGUCGAGAAUGACCAUCCCACCGAUGACGGAACCCAUCAGCCGACAAUAUCAAGGGAAGCAAUUGAAGUCUCGCGCACGAGACAAUUCAUUCUGGGUCGAUUGAAUAAUUACAUGCAUCUACUCCCGCCGAAGCCCAUUCGUGUCUGUCUGAAGCUUGUUACGGAGGUCUGGAGGCGUAUGGAUGCUGCUCGGGAUGAUGUCUUUUGGGUUGAUGUGAUGUUAGACAAUCAGUGGGAGACUACAAUGGGUUAA